AUGCAGACCUUUGGUGCUUUCCUCGUUUCCUUCCUCGCCGCCAGCGGCAUGGCUGCGGCUCUCCCCGCUGAGGGACAGCAGAAGACCAUCUCCGUGCCGGUGAUUUACAACGCCAACCACGCUCCUCACGGACCCAGCGCCCUCUACAAGGCCAAGAAGAAGUUCGGCGCUCCCAUCAGCGAGAACCUCAAGAACAACGUUGCCCAGCACAAGGCCGCCAAGCUCGCCAGACGCCAGACCGGCUCUGCUCCCAACCACCCCAGUGACUCUGAGGACGAUGAGUACAUCACCAACGUCUCCAUUGGCACUCCUGCUCAGGUCCUGCCCCUGGACUUCGACACUGGCUCUUCCGAUCUGUGGGUCUUCAGCUCCGAGACUCCCUCGUCUCAGUCCAAGGGACACACUCUCUACAACCCCACCAAGUCUUCUACCUCCAAGAAGCUCUCUGGAUACAGCUGGACCAUCUCAUACGGUGACGGCAGCAGCUCUAGCGGUGAUGUUUACACCGACACCGUUUCCGUUGGAGGCUUCUCCGUCACUGGCCAGGCUGUCGAGUCUGCCACCAAGGUCUCUUCCGAGUUUGUCUCGGAUACCUCCAACUCCGGCCUCCUCGGUCUUGCCCUGGACAGCAUCAACACCGUCUCCCCCAAGCAGCAGAAGACCUGGUUCUCCAACGCUUCUUCCAAGCUGGCUCAGCCCGUUUUCACUGCUGACCUGAACCACCAAGCCAGUGGCAGCUACAACUUCGGUUUCAUUGACACCAGCCUUGCCUCUGGCUCUAUCAGCUAUGUUCCCAUCAGCACCGCCAACGGCUUCUGGGAGUUCACUUCCGCCUCAUAUGCCAUCGGCAGCGGCUCGACCAAGAAGCACUCCACUGACGGCAUUGCUGACACCGGCACCACCUUGCUCCUCCUCGAUGACACCAUUGUCGAUGCCUACUACGGCCAGGUCUCAUCUGCUCAGUACGACGACUCCCAGGAGGGUUACACCUUCGACUGCGACGAGAACCUUCCCUCAUUCACCUUUGCUGUUGGCAGCUCCAAGAUCACCGUCCCUGGUAGCUUGAUCAACUUUGCCCCCGUCUCUGGCAACACCUGCUUUGGUGGUCUCCAGAGCAACGACGGCAUUGGCAUCAGCAUCUUCGGUGAUGUCGCCAUCAAGGCUGCCCUGGUUGUCUUUGACCUUGGCAACAAGCGUCUGGGCUGGGCUCAGAAAUAA